AGGCUAAAGUUCUCUGGAGGAUGUGGCUGCAGGGCCUGCUGCUCUUGGGCACUGUGGCCUGCAGCAUCUCUGCACCCGCCCGCUCGCCCAGCCCCGGCACGCAGCCCUGGGAGCAUGUGAAUGCCAUCCAGGAGGCCCGGCGUCUCCUGAACCUGAGUAGAGACACUGCUGCUGAGAUGAAUAAAACCGUAGAAGUCGUCUCAGAAAUGUUUGACCUCCAGGAGCCGAGCUGCCUACAGACCCGCCUGGAGCUGUACAAGCAGGGCCUGCAGGGCAGCCUCACCAAGCUCAAGGGCCCCUUGACCAUGAUGGCCAGCCACUACAAGCAGCACUGCCCUCCAACCCCGGAAACUUCCUGUGCAACCCAGAUUAUCACCUUCCAAAGUUUCAAAGAAAACCUGAAGGACUUUCUGCUUGUCAUCCCCUUUGACUGCUGGGAGCCAGUCCAGGAGUAA